AUGGUCCGCGCGUUUUUGGAAACAUUAUUUGUCUGUUCUAAGUCCGCUCCGAAACGCGAUUCAACUUCGAAAAAGCCAGCUGACGAGAACGGAAGAGUACAUCCACAUGCGGAACGAUCGGGUUCACAACGCUUUCGAACAAUUCCACACAAGCAACCCACCACGGGAGUUCCACAGGAUGAUUUGUUCUCCUUGCGAGCAAUACUAAAUCAAGCUUUGAAUACAUCAAAACAUCAAAGCAAGUUAAAAACAGUGUGCCUGUCGGAGACGCAGAUUGCAUCAAAUCUAGUUACAGAUAUCCGCAACGCCCGAUCACGUUUAGUUGAUUGUCAAGCAUUAGACAAAUGGAUAUCAAACUGGCAGGAGAAUGAAUUUCGACGAUCAGAAAGUAAGAGAGGAAAACUUAUUCAGCAUCAAUCGGGAUCUACUACUCAACUGGACAAAUCACGACGUACACAUCGCAGAUCUGCUCAGGGUCGUGCGCUCAGUGAUCGUGCACUGUUGUCAGCAAAGUAUAGUAAACGUAGAGAUGAACUGAUUCGUAAAGCAUUAGAAACUGUUCGUCCUUCGGUUGCGAGCCAAACUGAAAUCCAGAGACACAAACAGAUGAACGAAAUUUGGGAACCGUUGAGCACCGAUUUACCUGAGCUCGACCACGGCCAGUGUGCAUCUGAGUUCGCAGAAACAACAUUGUUUUCACCGUUAAGUGCAGACAUGACCACUCCAAGGGAAGCAGUUGCUUUAAAUAGUUUUCGAGCUCGCUCAACGGAAUCGCAUACGGCUCAAACGAAAAUCGACAAAACUGAAUGGGAUCGAUCAUUGAGUUGCCAUAUACAAUAUAGUCAACAUGAACUGUAUACUCCAAGUCAGGCGAAAAUGACAAUCGAAGGAACCCGAUCGUGGAAUACCAUACCUCGAAACACUGAUAAACGACUAGUGUAUUCAAAUAGACAACCGGGGAGCCAAUCUCACAAUCAAGAACCAUCGUUACCCAUGCUUCGUCUGGAAGAUCUGAAGUCCUAUACUCUCACGUCGAGCACGACAUCACAUGUAUGUGACGGGAAGGCGAAACCGGAGGAUCAAACAUCAGACACAUUUGUUCUGUCCGCCGCUUCCGAAUUCCUGCAUUCCACUUCGGACGAACAGUUUGCAUUCAAACAUCGACCAAGACCAGGAAUCGCAACAGGACGACAACGACAAAUCUCUCCCAGUUCAGAACAGCGCACGCCCGCAGGGUUAGAAAGCAAGGCAGAUGGUGCUUCGGCAGAAAAACUAGAUGAGCCUCCUCAAAACAAAAAGGUAUCCGAAAUAUAUGAGAAUGAAGAAAUCGCGGAUGUGAACGAAACGAUAAGCAAAGGUUCCAUGCGGAGUAAUUUUACAGAACCACCAGGAAGUGAAAUGGACUUGGAGAUGCAAUAUAUACCGAUGAAUGAAGAGAUUCAUUUACAGAAUCAAUCAUUUGUUCAAUCGGAACCUCCGAGAGGAUUCGUCAAGGAACCGUUAGAUUCAAUCGUUCAACCAAAACACCCACACAAGUCGACCUUUUUUCAUAAGACAUCACGCCGGAAACUGAAACGGCCGGAGCGUGUCGAACCGAACAGGAAAGCAUCGGCACCACCAGAUUCAUUAAUUGUGAAUAAUAAUGCCCAAUCGAAGGAAGCGUCCGUAUUCAAGCAAGCAACGCCUUCACAGCGAAGCACCGUGACAGCACAUUCGGACACGAUUUUGUUAGCCCAAUUAGACCCGAAACGUGUCCAGUUCUGGAAUGAUGUACUCCAAGACUGUGAGGAUGUUCGCCUGAGUAAAUUAUUAGAGGAAAUGCAUAGCAUCACAGAUCGCCGAAUAUUCGCAAUCGAACAGAGAACAAGGACACGAAUACGGUUGAACGAAACAGUGGUGUAUACUGUGCACGGAUUACCUUGUAUGGAACUGCGCAUCCUGGCCUAUGAAGUGACUGAUAUCCAACGAGCGCUGGUUCAGCUGGAAAUGUGUUUUCCACGGCUUUAUCGACAAAUCCUUUUCACAGAGCGAUUCUAUGGUAGUGCUGCUCCCGGAUUAGCACAUCGUUUCCCCACCACGAAUGAGUUCUUCUUCACAAUGAAUGAGUCAACGGCAGCCGGUCAACCCUCUGUGAGUACCGUUCGUCGUGUUAUUCCGGUGAUAGAGGAAGCACGCAAACUCAAACGAUCCCAUAAAUCAUUUGGUUAG